GAGAGAGAGAGACUCUGUGACUUUGUGUGGAAUCUGCGUCUGCAUCUAUGGCUCUCCUCAGCCUUCAAAGCCUCCGAAUCCCAACUUCUUUGGAAUCUCAGUUUCUUGGUGAAGCCCGUUUCAGUCUCAUCAAUUCUCCUUACAGACAAUCUUCCAGAAUUCCGAAAGCGCCCUCUACCUCCCUUAAUCUAAAACGCACAGCCAAAUUAAACCUCUCGGAAGUCAUGGGGGGCAGAGGACUCUGCAAUGGAGAGCGUGGCCUUCAACUAGAGCUCCAGAGAACGGUUGAAAUUCCAGAAACUACAGGUACGUCUUCCUCAUCUUCUACUGGUACUGUUGUGUCGUCGUUUGAAGUUGCAGAAAAUGCUUUCGAGAAGGAGUUAUUGGGCCUUACCGGGGGAUUCCCUGGAGGUGAGAAGGGAUUGAAGAGCUUCAUUGAAAAACAACCUCCAAGAAAUUGGGAUUCUGGUUCUGACCCUUCGAUUCCGAUUCCGAUUCCGAGCACAAAAUCGAAACCGCCAGAAUUGCCCCUCUUGAUGCCCGGUAUGAUCGCCAUCGUGAAGAACCCAAAAAACCCAUUUUACAUGUAUUGUGGGAUCGUGCAGAGAAUUACAGACGGCAAGGCCGGGGUUCUCUUUGAAGGUGGGAACUGGGAUAAGCUUAUCACUUUCCGCCUCGAUGAGCUCCAACGGAGGGAGAAGGGUCCUCCCAUGGUCAAUCCUAAGUCCGCUGUCCUUGAGUCUAUGCUUCUUCCAAAGGAAUCAUCAUCAUAAUAAUAAUAAGU